AUGGGGGAGCUCGGGAUCAGGCAAACAACUCAGGGGACCCCCAACCAGACCCAGGCCAGCACUGUCCUGGGGCAGCUGCUAAAGGGGCCCCUGGAGGGGAGGAGCAGCACCAACUCUUCCAGGGCCCUGAAGAUCCCUGAUGGAACCAGUGCGGCCUGGUACAUUCUCACCAUCUUUGGCAUCUAUGGCGUGAUCUUCCUCUUCCGGUUGGCCAGCAACAUCCUCCGGAAGAGCGACCAGUCCUUGGAAGAGGUCUAUUACUCCAACUUAACCUCUGAGCUGAAGAAGAAAGGACUCCGGGAUAACCGGGCCAAAGGCUCCCCGCUGACCAUGAGCAACGGGACUGUCCUGCAGCCUGCCCAGAGUGGCCUGGGGAUUCUGCACGGAAAUAGCAGCUCCCGUGACACGGGACUCUCAGGGGUCCCUUGA